AUGACAGUGACAGCUAACCGAAGUAGCAGACAAGAAGAAGAAAUCGAGCUUGAUAGAAAGAUAGAAAGAAUGGGUAAAAGAGACAUAUUUGGGAUUCCUGAAAUUAAAAACAAUCCGCUUUCUGUAAUCUUAAUUAAAAAGUUCACAAAAGAUGAAAAGCUUAAUACAAAAGAGAUGAUACGCACACUUUACCAUUUCGUAAACAGUAAGGGCAUCGAUGAAAAGUUGGAAUUCAUAUUUGGAAUCUAUGACUUGGAUAAUGAUGGACUGGUAUCAACUAAGGAUCUCUUUGAAAUGAUUAAAAUACUAAAUAAAGGUAUAUUAGACGACUGGAAAAUUCAAAACAUUGUUGACAAGACAUUUGCAGAGAUUGGAGAGUACAAACUAAGCAUGAGCUGUGAGGAAUUCAAGAAACUGGUUCUAAAAACCACAAGCAAUCUAAAGGAGAUGUUUGGAUGCAAACACUAA